AAGUAAUAGAAAAUGAAAAAAAUCCCCUGCUUUAAACACGAAGAUCAAUUUCUAUUUUAUAUCAAAUUAGGAUAAAACUAGACAGAAUUAAUUUGUUAAGAGUGUGCUUAGGAGCUUAAAUAUGGUCCCGUAGAUACGAGUCAAUAAAAUUUAAUUCAUUUAAAUAAAGUAUCAUUUCAUAAUUUACUUUUGAAAGGUUUUAGACUCUCCUGAACAUUUGCUAUCAAAGUUGAAUUUAAAGCCUUCCCUCAAAGAAUUUUUUACUUAUAUUGAUAAAUUUAAUGAAAAAACAAUACCAAAAAUAUUUUUGGAUUUUAAAAUAAAAAUAACAAAACUCUAAAAUACUAUGUAGGACCUUUAAAAAGAAGUUGAAGAAAAUCUAGCAUUAUUUUUAAAUAUGAAGUAAAAAAUUAGGAAUGAAUUGCUAAAUAUCAAUAAUAAGAUCAUUAAUUUUGAUUAAUUUAAAUAAUUAAUAGGAAACAUUGAAUAAAUUGGAGAUUCAAUCAAUAAUUAAACAAUUGAGUAGAAUGAAAGGGGUCUCCAUUAAUACAUAUUAGAUCUUAAUAAAAAUAAUUGUAAAGAAUUGAAUAUAGUUUUGCUUAAUAUAUUAAAUGGAAUAAAACGAGAGACGAAGAAUUUAAAUGAAGAAUAAUGUAUAUAAUCUGUAAAGUUCAAUGAAUAAUUUAAAACGAUAGAUCAUUGCAAAUCAGAACUUAUGGAUCUUUCUUAACUUCUAUAUUUUGAAGAGCAAAUAUUGUCUGACUAUUAUAAGUUAAAAAUAAUUAACAAAAUUGAAUCAACAUAGAAUAAAAGAAUAUGUUGUUUUAAACCAAUAUUUUUAAGUAAUAGGGAUGGAUUGAGCGGGUAUAACUUUAGGAGCAAAGUAAAAGGCAAAUCAAAUUUGUUAAUGAUAUUUAAAUCUAAAAGUGGAUAUAUUUUUGGCGGGUAUACGCCUUGUAAAUGGAAUUAUAAUUUGAAUUCUUAUGUUUAAGACGACACACUGUCAUCUUUCUUGUUUUCUUAGACUCAUGAUGAAAUAUAUCCCGUAAAGAGAGACCAAUAAGCAUAUGCCAUUCACUGCAACUAAACAUAUGGACCUAUAUUUGGUGCUGGCCAUGAUUUGUGCAUCGGAUCAGACUUUUAAAGUGGAUCAUCAAACUUUGGACAUUCUUAUUGGUGUGAAGAUUAAUAUGUUGCAAAAAAUACACAUUUAUUUGGGUAAUCAACUCCUAACGUAGAAGAAUGUGAGAUAUUUGAAGUAUUAUUUAUAUGA